GAAGAAUGAUCACGUUUGGGGAUGAAAGGAGGAACUGCCAGUGAAGGAGAGGAAACAGACAAGCAGUCAAAGAAAGUAAGACAGGCUUGUUUGAUUUGUACUGCACCUGCGGGAGGUAAGUUAGCUGUCCACCUGAGAUGCUCCCGUUCUGUGUCCCCAUUAUCCUUGGAAGUGUCUAAGUCAGCUGACGGAGAAAGGGAUACAACAAUAUGAAAUGUCAAAGUAGUGACCUGUUUGAUUUUCUCUCCUUUCCACUUUCCCUCUCUGCCUCUAUCCAGCCUCUCAUCUUCCCCGCGGCUUCCCAAAACGACUUAAGCCCCGCCCUUAUGGGGAGCCCAAAGACUUUCCUUCGCUCUCGGCUUCCCUCGUCGCUUUUGGCCCCGCUCAGCCGCCGUGGUAAGGCCUUUGCGCAUGUGCAGGGUCAACUGAGAGGAAGGUGAAGAUGGCGGCGGCCAGGGCGCGGGUCCUGGGAGUCCGAUGGCUGCAAAGGGCUACCCGGACCGUGGUGCCCUUGGGUGCACGGACAGCUUCGCACAUUACGAAGGACAUGCUCCCGGGACCCUAUCCCAAAACCCCGGAAGAACGGGCCGCUGCCGCCAAGAAAUAUAAUAUGCGGGUAGAAGACUACGAACCAUACCCGGAUGAUGGCAUGGGGUAUGGCGACUACCCAAAGCUCCCUGAUCGCUCACAGCAGGAGAGGGAUCCGUGGUAUAACUGGGACCACUCAGACCUGAGGUUGAAUUGGGGUGAACCGAUACACUGGGACCUUGACAUGUAUAUCAGGAACCGUGUGGACACAUCCCCCACACCUGUUUCCUGGAAUGUCAUGUGUAAGCACCUCUUUGGCUUCGUGGCCUUCAUGGUGUUCAUGUUUUGGGUUGGGGAGACUUACCCCACCUACCAGCCUGUGGGGCCAAAGCAGUAUCCUUAUAAUAAUCUGUACCUGGAACGAGGCGGUGAUCCCACCAAAGAGCCUGAGCCAGUGGUUCAUUAUGAGAUCUGAGGGUUGAAGAAGAAGGAAGAUACGUUCCUCAGUUCCCAAGUUGGAACAAAAAGUAUUUCCAAUAAAAGAAAACCUUUUUAUAGUGGCUAGUUUUUUAAAAAAUUGUACUUCAACAUGUUUCAAGUAUAUUCUAGGAUAAAUAGUUGUUUUUGGACUCAACCUGGGGCUGUGACGGUCUCUAAUGUGUUUUCUGUUGUAAGAGUGUGGAUUCCUUGAAUCCACUUCUGAAUCCUACAUUUAUGUAUCCUGAAUCCUACAUUUAUGAAUUAGAGGACAGUUCAGUGAGUUAUUCUGAACCUGUGCAUGGCUUUUGCUCCUGUUUUUGAGGAUUUAUCUUAAUGCUAAGUGAACCAACUCAUUUUCUUUUUGUCCUUUGUCCCUUUGGGGACAUUUUCUUAAAGUAACAGUCAUGCUGCCUGAUAACCUGUCCCAUAAAAAAAGCACACAUUCAGUAUGACCUAUGAAAGCAGGUCCAUCCAAGUUUGUUUUUGUCCAGGCACUGAAAGGGACUUUUAUGAGAUCAGGGGGUGGGUACUAAUACCAAAAUGCCUCUACUUCAGUGUCUCCACUUGCUUUUUAUCUGUCUUCAUUUUCUGUCCU